UUCCUGUAGGUGAGUGGUGCUUCAGUGGAAAGGCAUCGUCAGUGACCCGUCAGUGAUGCUGUGUACCAGCCUUCCCCUCUGUCCACGCCCCUCGUUUUCCCGUGAGGCCCAUGUGACCUAGCCUACACUAACACACAGGGGGCCCCCACUGCUGCUGGAGCCCACCCAUGAAUCCAAGCCCUGAGCGCAGCAAAGAGUGCCUCCCUCCCAAGAAGAGGGAGUCUCGGCAAGGAUCUGCAGAACACCAAGUUCCCCUGGAUGAGUUUAAACCCCCUGUGCCAUUUCGCAGUCGUCACAGCACAGGUAGAGGGGAGGGAGGCAGGGAGACCAGUGACAGAGAUAGAGUCCUUUGCAACCCAAACCUCCAUUCUCUACAUAGUCCCCCACCCAUCCCUGCUCCAGCACCAGGCCUCCCUGUGCCAUUACCAUGGGCCCUAAGUUACUCUCCACCUGUCUCCCUUUUCCCAGGACAGGUUACUGAUAGGCGGAGCUCAGGGUCUCCAGCUUGGAGAGAUGAUCCUCUUGCCUCAGCUCUGCCCCACCACUCCAGGUGGCUUUCAUUGCCACCCACUCAUUCUACAUCAUCUUCUUCCUCCUUUAAGACUCCUUUGCCAGCCAGUUCUAGAGAGAUGUGGUCUUAUAUUAACAGUGGGCGGCGUGACUAUAGCCCAUCUCUGUUUUCUCCUUCAUACUUGUUUAGUCCCCAGUCACUGUACCCCACAGACCCCAACCUAGUUGAGGUAAGAUCCAGGUACUUGUGCAAGAAGCCUAAUGGCUUAGAUGGGCCAGGCAGCAGGACUGCCUCAGCCUCCAGACCUCUGCUCGUAGGAGAGUAUGGGAAUGAUAGCAGCAGAUGUAGACUGAAUGUUAGCCCACACACUUUGCAUGCCAAUGGUGGACGGAAGCAGCAGGAGGACCUAACAUCCCCUGUUCAUUCUGGAGGGGCAUUUCUAUUAGACUCUCAAGCUCAAGAGGACCCUGAGCAACAUUCUUCCCUGCAGGAAAGACAUGAGUCUGGGAAGACCAACUCCACUUCACUCUCCAUUAGUCCCCAUCUCCUUGGACCAGACUCCAGGACAUGCAGAAGUGGGCUAUUGGACCACCUGGGGGCUACACCAACUGAGACCCAAUUCUAUUAUUCAUUGGGAUCGAUCUCUCAUCCCAGCCCUUACACCCAGGCAUAUCCACUCUACAGCUCCUCAGGAACAUUUCCAUACAGUGUGCACAAGGAGCCAGGGCCCAGGCAGCACAAUAUAAGGAACUCACCGCACUCACCCCUGGGUCUGCCAAACAGCCAUGAUAGGUCACAGAGAGACCGGGACAGAGACCAAGAAAGGGACAAGAUCCUCCAGAGAGACAGAGAACGAGUCAAAGUAAAAGAGAAACAGCUACACCAGGACAAAGACCAGGAGAGGGACAGUGAGUGUGAGAGACGACGGAACAGAGACAGAGGGAGAGCGGUUUCUCCUUCCAAGCCUUACACCUCAUCCCCGGCCUUCCACCCAUCUCCCCCUGCACUCCUACCUCAUUUCACCAAGGGGUCUCUGAUUGAAUUGGGCAGUGGUCGAUUAAAGCGAGUAGAGGAGCUGCGGACGGAGGACUUUCUGAGGAGCGCAGACACAUCCCCAGAGUUCCACCUGAGCACCUGCAAAGUGCUGCUGAUUUCCCCCAGCAGCACACAGGGCUUCAGCCACCUGCAGGUCCACCUCACAGACCGCAACACUCAGGAGUUACUGCAGGUCUUGGUGGAGUACCCAUUCUUUGUGCAAGACAGGGGCUGGUCUUCAUGCUCUCCUCAGAAAACCAUGCAGCUGUACGGUCUGUCGUGCCGCCAGCUCACGGAGGGUGAUGUAUGCCUGGCCCUCACCCCAGUGGCCAGCCAAACUCACCGGACACACCCGCGUGCCAGCUCCAAAGCCCAUCGCACACAGUUCCUCCCCAGGGCCGAGGCAGAGUCAAGCAACUUGCAAAGGGAGGAGAUGCCACCCCCACCUCCACCUCCCCCUCUUCCUCACCAACCACCUCCUUCUACAGCAUGCCCUCCAUGCACAAUGUCCGCAGGGCCUCUGGCAAAAGAGCAGCGGCGGCUUCGCAAACGGCGCUGGUCUGCACCUGACGUACUUCCCUCAACAGGAACUGACGAGAGCCUCGUGGAUUUACCUCAUGGCUCCAAGCUAAUGAAGUGGCAGUAGAAACUUGCACAUGUACACUUACACACACACGCGCGCGCAAGCAUAAGCACAUACACACCCUCCUUGUCUCUGUU